CUUCAUUGUGACCUAUGCUUCGGCGAGAAGGAAGGGGUCGAAGUGUUCAUUCUCAAUUGAAAGUGAGGCAUCCUAAUCGAGGGCUCAUCGUCGCGGCUAGCCACAUCGUGGCGGACGGUAGAGGUUCCUUUGAUUUGCCACUUUGACCGCAAGGGCGUCAGAGUUUAUCUAACUGACAAAGUUUACGCCUUGACCUCGACACUUCACUUGUCUCACUUCACGCAAAGCAAAUACUGGACAGUCGGUAGCUCUCCACGAUGCCAAAGAGCCUACGAUCGAUCCUGGGCACGUCCAACAGGGUCACGAAGCCGUCUCGGUCGGGGCAGCCUCGGCAGCCCCCCCCGUCGACGACAUCACCAUCCCCCUCACCACGCAAAGGCACUCAGCCCCAGCAGCGGCGGCGGCAGCAAGCCAACGAGGAGGAGGAUGAACUGUUCCAGGACAAGCUGACCGACCUCGGGGUCGUGAAGCUGCUUGAGGAGGAGCUUACGCUGCGGGACGUGGUGCAGGCGAUGCGGUACAUCCGGGCGCACAUGUUCACCCCCGUGCCGCCCACGGGCUUCAAGUCGACGCGCGCUGCAGAGGUGCUCAACUACCGGGCGGCCACGCCGCCGCUCGUUACUGCGGGCCACAUCAACGCCGUGUUGGCGCGGGCGUCGCCGACGCGCACCGAGCGCGAGGUCGUGGAGCUCGUCGGCCGCGGGGUGCUGCGCCGGGUGCGCGUUGAGCGGCGCGGCGGCGGGGGCGAGGCGCUCGUUGAGGCGGCAGACCUCGAGGCCAUGCUUUUUCGGUGGGUGAGCAGCGGCGGCGACAACGGCGGCGGAGGGAUUGCGUUGGCGCGCGACACGGCCGACGCGUUCCUCCAAUUCCUGGCCCGAAACCCGAUGGCGCAGACGCUCGGCGCUGGCGACCUGCUGUCGGCCGUCGACGAUGAGGAGGAUGAGGCGGGGCUGCUCAUGGAGAGCGCGAGGACGGACGAGCUGGUCAGGGCCGGGUUCCUGACGAGCGCGACGCACGCCGCGCCGGGGGACACGCUGCGCGUGCGGCCCGAGGACCGGACGACACUGACGUCCAUCGAGCACGUAUCGCGCUUCGCCUCGGGCACCGUCUCGGCCGUGGGCGGACAAAACGCAAUCCACCUGUCUGGCGGCGGCGGCGGCGGCGGUGUCGGCGGCCGGCGGCGCAUGCCCACACUGCCGUCAUCCUCGUCGUCGUCCAGCACGGCGCUCCUCGGGCCCACCACCACCACCACCACCACCACCAUCACGCAGCCGGGGGCCAGCUUCCGCGUGGCGGUCCCGGGCCACGGGCGGUACCUCAAGCUGGCCGAGGGCGCGGUGGACUGGAUCCGCGAGGCGCUGGGGCGGACGCGCUGGGGCGAGGCGCCCGAGUCGUGGCUGCGGGAGCGCUUCGAGGGCGGCGGGCUGUACGGCACGCGGUGGAAGGAGUUUUGGGGCGUCGAGUGGGAGUGGGCGCUCGGGCAGGCGGUCGGGCUCGGGGCCGUCGAGGUGUUUGAGACGGGCAGCGUGGGCAGGGGCGUGAGGGCGUUGGGCGGAUGAAGCAAGCCGGGUAUCUAUCAGGUGUCUGGUUCAACGGGACCCCCCCUUUAGCAUGCCUGCUCUCUUCCUUCUCCAUGCCCUCCCC